ACUACAUGCCAAGAAGGGUAUAAUUUAUUUUCCGAGCAGCAAAAUAUCCUCAUUGCAACCAAUGGUCGUACCAGGUCAUUAUCAAUUGCUGUAAUUUGACUAUGAAAAAUUAUAGAUAUGAUGCCAAUAAUAUGAUUUGUGGUACCCUGUAAUAUUCCAAUCAACAAUAAUGUUAUACUUAAGCACUUCGAUUAUUCAAUAUGUGGCAUUCCAUCAGAGUUUUUUUUGAAGAUUGAGAGUUUUGAUUGCGAAGAUGAAGAGGGCUAGAGAUGAUAUGUACAUGGCUUCUCAACUCAAACGCCCCAUCGUCUCCUCUCGCGCCGAACCCUCUGGGCAAUCCCAGAUGAUGGGUGGAGCGAGCACACAGAAACUAACUACCAAUGAUGCAUUGGCAUAUCUCAAGGCAGUUAAGGACAUAUUUCAAGAUAAAAGGGAUAAAUAUGAUGAGUUUCUUGAAGUUAUGAAAGGGUUCAAGGCUCAAAGGUGCAUUAGGCUGUUGUACCUUGCUUUGCUUCAGAAAAAGCAAGCAUUGCCUGUCCGCAGGAGUUGUGAAAAUAUCCUAAUUGGAGAUGGAGGGUCAAAAUAAUAUGACUGUGAGUUCACUGAAUGCUCUUCAGCAGAGAAGUAUGCACUCUUAUUUCCUUAAUAUGUCGGAAGCAUGCAAUUAAUUACAUUGGCCUAUGAAAUUGGUUAAACUAUGAUUCCCUUUAGGCAAUAGAGUCCAAUCAAGUUAUGAGGAGCAACUUUUAAUUAUUCGAAUAUCAAAUAUAUUUUUAUAAUUGCAUUUAAUCUUAAAUUUAAAUAGUGUUGCGAUUACAAUUAUAUUAUAAU